AUGGCCACCACAGCUACUUUUCCCCCCUCCUCCUCCUCCGGCCACUCGGCUCCCAACGCCCUCCAAGAGCUCGCCGCCUCCCAACAAGACGGCAAAGUCCAUCUCCUCCUCGCCGCCUCCGGCUCCGUAGCCACCAUCAAGAUCCCCAAUAUCAUCCACACUCUCCUGACCACCCACUCUCCCAACCGCCUCUCCAUCCGCCUCGUCCUCACCAGCUCCGCACGCAACUUCCUCGCAGGCCAGUCCGCCGAACAACCCCCUCUCUCCUCCCUCCUCUCCCUCCCUGGCCUGGACGCCAUCUACACCGACGAGGACGAGUGGGGCCGCGGCGACACCAUCGGCCCAGAGGGCGUCUGGACCCGCGGCGCCGGCGUGCUGCACAUCGAGCUCCGCCGCUGGGCACACCUGCUCGCCGUGGUCCCUCUGUCCGCCAACACGCUGGCCAAGCUGGUCAGCGGGCUGUGCGACAACCUGCUCACGAGCGUAGUGAGGGCUUGGGAUGCCGAUGGGCGCAUCGAUGGCCGCCGGAAGAGGAUCCUCGUGGCGCCUGCUAUGAAUACUGCCAUGUGGCUCCAUCCCUUGACGGCCAAGCAGAUCCGUGUGCUCAGCGAGGACUGGGGCGUCAAGGAGGCCGAGGACGGGACGAUCGAGUCUGGCUGGUUCGAGGUGCUCAGACCGCAAGAGAAGUCGCUUGCCUGUGGCGACGUCGGGGACGGUGCAAUGAAGGAGUGGACAGAGGUGGUUAAGAUCAUCGAGGCGAGGUUGGAACUGGCCUCUACUGGCGAGGGUCCUCGAUGA